AUGUCCAAGAAGAUCCCUGCAUCGGAGGCCGGGGCGCUACUCGUACAGUACACACUCACUUAUUCCGGAAAGAUAUUCUACGCAAAUUCCCAGAACCCACGACAUUCCAACUCCCGGCUUCGAAAGCCAGCAAACACACAUGCCGUCAAUACAGACUGGCUACGCGCCAAACCUGGGCAUAUUUCUGAAGUCGCUCAAGGCGUCGUCGCUGGAGUCCUCCAUCGAGAACUUGAUUUCGUGCGUCCUCCUACCCCCCCAACAUGGACGCGAUUUGCAGCUAAUAUUCGUAGGCUUCUCAAAAGAAGACAGAUCAAGAACUCCAGGCCGUGCGCAAUAGCGACAGCUCAUCUGCUGCUUCGCGUCGUCGCAAAACAUAAAUGGGUAGAUAUCGGAAAACUGUUGGUGCGCAUCCAAGAGGUUGGACAACGUCUAAUCGAAGCGCAACCCCGAGAAAUGGUCGUAGGGAACAUAGUCCAACGAGUCUUGGGAAUGAUUAGGGACGAGGCGAAAGAGGAUCGAACCGAAGAUGGUAGCGAUUCGGCAUCGAAUUUAGGCUCUCCACGGGAAGAAAAGAGCAGCUUAUCGGAAUUGGCGGAUUCAAAUAGAGACGACUUAUUUGGCAGCAGAUCUGUAGCAGCACCUAGGCCUCCUUUGACGACUUCCCAUCAAUCAUAUGCGGUCCUGAAUGGCAUCCAGGUCGCGCAGUCGAUGUUUAACCUUCUGUCGGCUACUGCAUCACCAACAUCCACUCCGACAGGACUGUGUUCACCGAAUGGAAAGACUUCUUUCAACGCUUCUUCUCUGUCACAGCGAAUUACCACUACUACGAAGGAUUUGAAGGCAGAGGUCGUCAGUGGGAUCGAAGAGAUCAUUGAUGAGCUAGACCAGGUAGACGACCAAAUCGCGGCCUAUGCGCAGGAGCAUAUCCAUUCAAACGAAGUUAUCCUUACACACUCGUCUUCACUCAGUGUGCAAAAAUUCCUACUCAAGGCAGCGGAGAAGCGCAAGUUCACCGUCAUAAUUGCGGAGUCCUACCCAAAUGACCACGAGGGUACUCAUUCUGCAGUAAUUGGAAAGCUCAGACAGGAUGAAGACGGAGAUGAAAUGAGGCCAGACACUUUCUUGAAACCACUGUCUGCUGCAGGAAUUACGGUAAUCCUUAUUACUGAUGCUUCGAUUUUCGCUAUCAUGUCCCGGGUCAACAAGGUCAUCCUGGCUACGCACGCUGUCAUUGCAAACGGGGGUUUGAUAGCUGCUGCUGGCGCACGUAUCAUCGCGAAGGCUGCUAGGGUACACCGGACACCGGUCAUCGUUGUUAGCGGAGUUUAUAAGCUCAGUCCGGAGUAUCCAUUCGAAUUUGAAUCUCUCAUCGAGUAUGGAAACCCAGGAAGCAUUGUCGGAUACGACAAUGGAACUUUGGUGGAGAACCUGGAGGUCGACAAUCCAGUGUAUGACUAUGUACCUCCCGAUCUGGUAGAUCUGUACAUUACCAACCUAGGCGCACAUGCUCCAUCAUACCUUUACAGGAUUGUCGCCGACCACUACAAGACAGAAGAUAUCAACUUCCACAAGCCUGAAUUACAGUUUUGA